UUAUUUACAGUGACAAAAUUCAUACGCAUUGGCAUCGCCGAUAAGAACGACAAUCCGCCCUACUUCGACAAGUCACUCUAUGAGGCGGAAGUGGACGAAAACGAAGAUAUCCAACAUACUGUAUUAACUGUUACAGCGAAGGAUCACGAUGAAUCAUCACGUAUACGUUACGAAAUUACGAGUGGCAACAUUGGUGGCGCUUUUGCGGUUAAGAAUAUGACUGGUGCCAUUUAUGUGGCGGGUGCGCUUGAUUACGAAACGCGACGCAGGUAUGAGCUACGUUUAGCCGCCUCUGAUAACUUGAAGGAAAACUAUACGACCGUUAUAAUUCACGUCAAGGAUGUCAACGAUAAUCCACCGGUUUUUGAGCGUCCCACCUAUCGCACGCAAAUCACCGAAGAGGAUGACCGCAAUUUGCCGAAACGUGUGCUUCAGGUGACCGCCACCGAUGGCGAUAAGGAUCGUCCGCAGAAUAUUGUUUACUUUUUGACAGGUCAAGGCAUUGAUCCAGAUAAUCCUGCCAAUAGCAAAUUCGAUAUAAAUCGUACCACAGGCGAAAUAUUUGUACUGAAGCCUUUGGAUCGAGAUCAGCCGAAUGGUCGUCCGCAAUGGCGUUUCACAGUGUUCGCACAAGACGAAGGUGGUGAGGGACUUGUGGGUUAUGCUGAUGUGCAGGUGAACUUGAAGGACAUCAACGACAAUGCGCCCAUCUUUCCGCAAGGCGUUUACUUUGGCAAUGUCACCGAGAACGGCACCGCGGGCAUGGUGGUGAUGACAAUGACAGCUGUGGAUUAUGAUGAUCCCAAUGAGGGCUCUAAUGCAAAACUCGUUUACUCAAUUGAGAAGAAUGUAAUUGAAGAGGAAACUGGUUCACCGAUAUUUGAAAUUGAACCCGAUACGGGAGUCAUUAAGACAGCAGUUUGUUGUUUGGAUCGUGAACGCACACCAGAUUAUUCCAUACAAGUGGUAGCGAUGGAUGGCGGGGGGCUAAAGGGUACGGGGACGGCUUCGAUACGUGUAAAAGAUAUCAAUGAUAUGCCGCCGCAAUUCACUAAAGACGAGUGGUUCACCGAGGUGGAUGAAACGGAUGGCACAACGUUGCCCGAGAUGCCUAUCCUAACGGUGACGGUGCACGAUGAGGACGAAACGAACAAGUUCCAGUACAAAGUGAUCGAUAAUAGUGGUUAUGGUGCUGAUAAGUUCACAAUGGUGCGCAAUAAUGAUGGCACUGGUUCGCUGAAAAUCGUGCAACCACUGGAUUAUGAGGAUCAGCUACAAAGUAAUGGCUUUCGUUUUCGCAUACAAGUCAAUGACAAAGGUGAAGACAAUGACAAUGAUAAAUAUCAUGUGGCCUAUUCAUGGGUUGUGGUUAAAUUGCGUGACAUUAACGAUAAUAAACCGCACUUUGAGCGCGCCAAUGUUGAGGUGUCCGUAUUUGAAGAUACCAAAGUUGGCACAGAGUUGGAGAAAUUCAAGGCCACCGAUCCCGAUCAGGGUGGCAAGAGUAAAGUGUCGUACUCGAUCGAUCGUUCCUCGGAUAGGCAGCGACAAUUUGCAAUCAAUCAGAAUGGCUCUGUGACAAUACAACGCUCGCUGGAUCGCGAAGUAGUGCCACGCCAUCAAGUGAAAAUAUUGGCCAUCGAUGAUGGUUCACCACCUAAAACAGCAACGGCUACGCUGACGGUGAUUGUGCAAGAUAUCAAUGAUAAUGCGCCGAAAUUCUUAAAAGACUACCGACCUGUACUGCCAGAGCACGUACCGCCCAGGAAGGUGGUGGAAAUAUUGGCCACAGAUGAUGAUGAUCGCUCGAAGAGUAAUGGACCACCAUUCCAAUUUAGAUUGGACCCCAGUGCCGAUGAUAUUAUAAGGGCUUCCUUUAAAGUGGAGCAAGAUCAAAAGGGCGCCAACGGUGACGGUAUGGCUGUUAUUUCGUCUCUCCGCUCUUUCGAUCGCGAACAACAAAAAGAGUACAUGAUCCCUAUUGUGAUCAAGGAUCACGGCUCACCUGCCAUGACCGGUACCAGCACACUCACCGUCAUCAUCGGCGAUGUGAACGACAAUAAAAUGCAGCCAGGAUCCAAGGAUAUAUUCGUUUACAACUAUCAGGGUCAAUCGCCGGACACACAAAUCGGACGGGUAUAUGUUUACGAUUUGGACGAUUGGGAUUUGCCCGAUAAGAAGUUUUACUGGGAGUCCCAAGAACAUCCACGCUUUAAGUUGGACGAGGAUACAGGAAUGGUGACGAUGCGAGCAGGAACACGCGAAGGACGCUAUCAUUUACGCUUCAAGGUUUACGAUCGCAAGCAUACGCAAACUGAUGUGCCGGCCAAUAUAACGGUGACAGUGCGUGAAAUCUCACACGAAGCGGUAAUCAAUUCAGGCUCGAUACGUGUCGCCGGUAUUACCGAUGAAGACUUUAUACGCGUCUGGAAUUAUCGCACACAGAGUUUGAGUCGCUCGAAAUUGGAUCGUUUUCGUGAUAAGCUCGCCGACUUGCUGAAUGCGGAUCGCGAGAAUGUUGAUAUCUUCAGUGUGCAACUCAAGCGGCGUCAUCCACCACUCACCGAUAUACGCUUCUCGGCGCAUGGUUCACCCUAUUACAAACCGGUGCGCCUCAAUGGCAUUGUACUGAUGAAUCGCGAAGAGAUCGAGAAGGAUGUGGGCUUUAAUAUUACCAUGGUCGGCAUUGAUGAGUGCUUAUAUGAGAAUCAGAUGUGCGAGGGAUCUUGCACGAAUACUUUAGAUAUCAGCUCGUUGCCGUACAUGGUUAAUGCGAAUAAGACCGCUUUGGUGGGUGUGCGUGUCGAUACGCUUGCUGAGUGCACUUGUGGCGCGCGCAAUUUUUCGAAACCCGAAUCGUGCCGCAAUACGCCUUGCUACAAUGGUGGACGAUGUGUGGAUACACGUUUUGGUCCGCACUGUUCUUGUCCGGCGGGUUACAAUGGACCACGUUGCCAACAGACGACACGUAGCUUCCGCGGCAAUGGUUGGGCUUGGUAUCCACCAUUGGAGAUGUGCGAUGAAUCGCAUUUAAGUUUGGAGUUUAUCACACGUAAGCCCGAUGGUCUUUUCAUCUACAACGGCCCCAUUGUGCCACCAGAGCGCGAGGAAAUGAUCAUUACCGAUUAUAUUGCGCUGGAGCUAGAGCGGGGCUAUCCACGUUUGCUUAUCGAUUUCGGCUCUGGCACGCUGGAGUUGCGCGUGAAAACGAAAAAGUCCCUGGACGACGGUGAAUGGCAUCGCAUCGAUGUGUUCUGGGAUACGGAAAAUGUGCGCAUGGUUGUAGAUUUCUGCAAGUCUGCGGACAUUAGCGAAAUGGAAGAUGGCACGCCGCCCGAGUUUGAUGACAUGUCUUGCCAGGCGCGCGGACAAAUACCACCUUUCAACGAAUACCUAAAUGUAAAUGGACCACUGCAGGUGGGCGGCAUAUACCGCGACCUCUUCGAUCCCUCACUAUACUUCUGGCACUAUGCGCCAAAUGCUAAAGCCUUUGAUGGCUGCAUACGUAAUUUGGUUUUCAAUUCAAAACUCUAUGACUUAGCGCAUCCAGGACUAUCGCGCAACAGCGUUACGGGUUGCCAACAAACGGAGGAAGUUUGCUCACAAUCAGAGCAGACGGCACGCUGCUGGGAGCAUGGCAACUGUGUUGGCUCGCUUUCGGAGGCGCGUUGCCAAUGUCGUCCCGGGUGGACGGGACCCGCUUGCAACAUACCCACCAUACCGACCACGUUCAAGCAACAAAGUUACGUUAAGUAUGCGCUUAGCUUUGAACCGGAUCGCUUUAGUACACAAAUACAAUUGCGUUUCCGUACACGCGAACAACAUGGCGAACUGUUUCGCGUUUCAGAUCAACACAACCGUGAAUAUGGAAUUUUAGAAAUUAAGGAUGCGCGUCUGCACUUCCGCUACAAUCUCAAUUCGUUGCGUACCGAGGAGAAAGAUUUAUGGUUGAAUGCCGUCGCAGUGGACGAUGGUCAAUGGCAUGUUGUGCGCAUUAAUCGUUAUGGUUCUGCGGCGACGUUGGAGUUAGAUGGCGGCGAAGGACGACGUUACAAUGAAACAUUUGAAUUUCUGGGUCACCAGUGGCUGUUGGUGGACAAGCAGGAGGGUGUAUACGCCGGCGGUAAGGCGGAAUAUACGGGCGUGCGAACAUUCGAAGUGUAUGCCGACUACCAAAAAAGCUGCCUGGACGACAUCAGGCUUGAAGGUAAGCAUUUACCCUUACCACCGGCUAUGAAUGGCACGCAAUGGGGUCAAGCGACUAUGGCGCGCAAUCUGGAAAAGAACUGCCCAUCCAACAAGCCUUGCUCGAAUGUCAUUUGCCCUGAGCCAUUCGAGUGUGUGGACCUGUGGAACGAAUACGAGUGCACUUGCGGCGAAGGACGUGUCAUGUCACCGGACGCCAAAGGCUGUAUGGAUCGGAAUGAGUGCCUGGACUUGCCAUGUCUCAAUGGCGCCACUUGCAUCAAUUUAGAGCCACGUUUGCGUUACCGUUGCAUCUGUCCGGAUGGCUUUUGGGGCGAGAAUUGUGAAUUGGUGCAGGAGGGACAAACGCUGAAAUUGAGCAUGGGCGCCUUGGCGGCCAUAUUGGUUUGCCUGCUGGUCAUACUGAUUCUGGUGCUCGUAUUCGUCGUUUAUAAUCGCCGUCGUGAGGCGCAUAUUAAAUAUCCUGGCCCGGAUGAUGAUGUGCGAGAGAAUAUUAUCAACUACGAUGAUGAAGGUGGCGGCGAGGAUGAUAUGACUGCAUUCGAUAUUACACCGCUGCAAAUACCAAUUGGCGGGCCAAUGCCACCCGAGCUGGCGGCCAUGAAAAUGCCAAUAAUGUAUCCAGUGAUGACGCUAAUGCCCGGCCAGGAGCCAAACGUGGGCAUGUUCAUUGAGGAGCACAAAAAGCGUGCCGAUGGUGACCCAAAUGCACCGCCUUUUGAUGACUUACGCAACUAUGCCUACGAGGGUGGUGGCAGUACAGCCGGCUCGCUGAGUUCGCUUGCCUCUGGCACUGACGAUGAGGCGCACGAGUACGAUUAUUUGGGUUCGUGGGGGCCACGAUUUGGCAAGCUCGCCAAUAUGUAUGGCGAUGAAGCGAACGCCAUAGCUGCACACCCCGAAUUAGGAUUGUAA